CUCCAACCCAGCAUCCUUGCAUCCCGGGGCUCAGUUAGCGUUCCCGCCGCACCGUACUACACCUCCGGUGGUCGGUGCGCCCAUUUCCCGCCGAUCAAGCGCGAUGGCCUCGACGAGGGAUCUAGCCAUAGCUUCUCUCUCAGCUGCGACCGGCGCCGUUGUUGCCGCCGCUGCACUGCGCCUCUUGUCUUCCCGCAGAACAUCCUCCGUCAGACCCCAGAACCUCCCCGCCGCCGCUAACGGAUCUGCCUCCGAGCGCCCGCUGGCUCAGUCCCCCUUCGAUCCUGUCAAGAGGGAAGGAUAUAUUUCCUGGGACGACUACUUCAUGGCGAUCGCCUUCCUUUCGGCUGAGCGGUCUAAGGAUCCUAACCGGCAGGUUGGAGCAUGCUUGGUUAGCCAAGAGGGAAUAAUCCUAGGAAUUGGCUACAAUGGCUUCCCUAGAGGUUGUUCCGAUGACAAGCUUCCUUGGGCAAAGAAAUCUGCAAGUGGAGAUCCAUUGGAGACAAAAUUCCCCUACGUUGUCCAUGCUGAGGUUAAUGCAAUUCUAAAUACCAACCAUGCUUCAGCGGCUGGACAGAAAUUGUAUGUCACCAUGUUCCCAUGCAAUGAAUGUGCCAAGAUUAUUAUUCAGUCAGGCGUAUCUGAGGUCAUAUAUUUCGUUGAAAAAAAGAUUGACAACUCAGCUCACGUUUAUGUUGCCUCUCACAAGCUAUUGUCGAUGGCUGGUGUCAAGGUCAGGAAGCAUCAGCCCCAGAUGGCGCAAAUACCGAUCAAGUUCCAGGAGCCAUGAAGCCGGUACUAGUUCCAGCCUUCCAGGAGCACUAGUGAGCGAAUAAACAGUGCAAGAUACCUGUUGACCGCGGCACCUGUGACAAUCGACAAUGGCCGACCCGCAGCGGUCUCGGUAUGCGGCGUCGGUCCCUCUCCCUCCCUCAGAGGCUGUUGUAAAACUAUAGCUAGAAUUCGUACUGGUAAUAAUGUAAAGACAUUUCAAUUCUCCUCUCUGAUACCAGCUUAUCUUUUACGUGCGUUUGGAUCCCUUCAUUUUAGAGGAAUUGAAAUUCACUCAAUAAAUUAACUCAUUUAGUUUGAAAUUUGAGAUUUCACCAUUUUUUAAAGUUC